GAUCCAACUGAGACAGUACGGCGGCCUGCGCCGCGCAAAUCGAUGUCGAGAUGCACGGCGGCGAUGGGAAAGCUCAUACGUUCAUCGGUGGGGAUCUCAACAAUAAACCCAACACCGAACUUCGUAUCGCACAGCACGAAAGCUGCUCCAUCGACGGCAUCGCAGCCGUCUUCCUCUUCUCCGUCCUUGCAACAAAUGGACGACCUUCUUCUCGUCGCCUUUCUAACGAAAACCCUAUCGGAAUCGGGCACUCGAAAUCUCGACCCGGACACCAUUCCUCUGUCGCAGCAGCUGGUCAUAAAGAUCCUAAGGAGGGGCUCCCUAGAUGCCUCAAGAAAGACUGAUUUUUUCAAGUGGUGUUCUCUCAUGCAUAACUACAAACACUCGGCGGGCACUUACUCCCACAUGUUCAGGGAGCUCUGCCGCGCCGAGUACCUGGAGGAGGUCCCCGACCUGCUGGAACGGAUGAAAGUCGACGGAGUUGUAGCGGCACCGCAGACCUUCAAAAUGUUGCUCGACGCCGUCAUUCGAUUGGGCAAAUUGGAUUGCGCGCUCCAGAUCCUCCAUUUCAUGGAAGGACUGCAAGAAGCCAAUCUCACCCCACUAGUCUACGACACUUUACUCAUUGCACUUGCCAAGAAAAACCAGCUGGGUUUGGCCUUGCCCAUUUUAUUCAAGCUGCUAGAUGCUCCUCAUCCGCCGUCUCCCGGUUCCACUGCCUGCAAUGCUUUGCUGGUUGCUCUUAGAAAGGCCGACAACAGAGCAGAUUUUCGAAAGGUAUUCGACAGGGUAAGGGGAACGAAAGGGUUCCAACUUGACACAUGGGGUUACAACAUCUGCAUUCAUGCGUUUGGCCGAUGGGGCGAUUUGCCAACUUCCUUGACUCUCUUCAGGGAAAUGCAGGAAAAGGAUUCUUCUUCUGGCCCUGAUUUGUGCACUUACAACAGCCUGCUUCAGUCAUUGUGCUUGGCUGGCAAAGUCAAGGAUGCAUUGAUUGCCUAUGAGGAGCUGAAGGAAUCCGGACAUCGUCCAGACGCCUUCACUUAUCGGAUACUUAUCCAAGGCUGCACAAAAUCACACCAGAUAAACGAAGCAGUAAGGAUCUUUACCGAGAUGCAGUACGACGGUUUUGUCCCCGAUGCUCUUGUUUACCACUCUCUUUUAAACGGGAUGUUCAAGGCAAACAGAAUUUCAGAAGCCUGCCAGCUGUUUGAGAGAAUGGUCGAUGACGGUGUGAGAGCCUCGAGCUGGACAUACAACAUCUUGAUACACGGCUUGAUCAAGAAUGGAAGAGCCGAGGCUGGCUACUCAUUGUUCUGUGACUUGAAGAAGAAGGGGCAGUUGGUGGAUGGUGUUACUUACAGCAUUGUCAUCUUGCAGCUUGUCAAAGAAGGUGAAUUGGAAGAAGCUCUCAAGCUGGUGGAAGAGAUGGACAAUGACAGAGGCUUUGUUGUUGAUCUGGUUACCAUAACCACAUUGCUGAUUGGGUUCCACAGACAUGGCAGGCAGGAUUGGACGGAGAGACUGAUGAGGCAUGUGAGAGAUGGGGAUGUAGUACUGAGCGUGAUCAGGUGGAAGGAAGAGAUGGAGGCUGCACUGAAGAAUAAUAGGCUGAAGAGCAGAAGAAAAGAUUACACACCAUUGUUCCCUCAUAAAUGCGGGAUCGAGGAAAUCUUGAGCUCUGUAACUUCUUCCACUGUGAAACCUCGUUCAAGUGAUGAUGAGGAGGAGAAUUUUGAUCAGUGGUCGACAUCUCCACAUAUGGAUCACUUGGCCAAUCAAGUGAAAUCAGGUAGCUAUUCUCACCAGCUCUUUUCUCUGGCUAGAGGAAUGAGAGUCCAGACUUCCGAAAAAGAUGCAGGAAGCUCUUUCGACAUUGGAAUGGUUAACACCUUCAUGUCGAUCUUCCUAGCUAAAGGGCAGCUGAGCCUGGCCUGUAAGCUGUUUGAGGUAUUCACCGACAUGGGUGUGAACCCUGUGAGUUACACAUACAAUGCUCUGAUGAGUUCCUUUGUGAAGAAGGGCUACUUCGAAGAGGCGUGGAAUGUGCUGAAUGAGAUGGGGGAGAAGCUUUGCCCUGCAGAUAUAGCCACAUACAAUGCCGUAAUCCAAGGGUUGGGGAAGAUGGGAAGAGCAGACAUUGCAAGCUCUGUUCUUGAUAAGUUAAUGGAUGGUGGCGGCUUCCUCGACAUCGUCAUGUACAACACCCUGAUCAAUGCUCUGGGAAAGGCUGGUCGGGUCGACGAAGCCAAUAAGCUUUUCGACCAGAUGAAGAACGGCAGUAUCAACCCAGAUGUGGUGACUUACAACACUUUGAUUGAAGUUCAUACCAAGGCUGGCCGGUUGAAAGAAGCCCACAGGCUGUUGAAGACGAUGCUGGAUGCUGGAUGCUUGCCAAAUGCUGUUACGGACACCAUUCUCGACUUGUUGGCAAGAGAGAUUGACAAAGUUAGAUAUCAGAAGGCGUCAAUGUUUCGUCAGAACAGCAAUUCUCCUACCUCUGAUUCUCCUUCCAAUUGAAAAGCUUAUGAAGAAGGGAUUAGAGAAAUGCAUAAAGGAUAAAGAACAGC